GGAUCUCAUUCGAGCUAAACUGGAGGGCUUUCUGUGUGCAGCUAACAUGCUAACAGAGCAAAGAUAACCUACCCACAACACACUUGCUACUCUUCACAAACAAGUCCGCUCUGAGGUGAGGACAGAGGACUCUUACGUAAAAUGCGAGCUGUUUUGUUUCGCGAAGAUUGUUAGCUUCUGAAUAACUGUUAGAAACUACCGCACACACUUUAAAUGUAACUUAGCUAGCAUUAUGCUUGCUUUGCAGUGAGCCAGGAGCAAUAACAACAGUGCACACAGCUAAACGCAGAGGCAGGGACAGGGACAGUGCCACAAUAAGUCAACGCAAGUACAUAAGAUAUGAGUCUCAACAUGGAUUUAGAAGAUGACACCACCGUGCUUACAACCUUGAAGUCCUUCAACUCCUUCAUCAGCCACACUGAACCUCCGCAGCGGCUGUCAGAACAGUCAGCGGGGAUUGGAAACCUGCAGAGUCAGUACAAACGCAGCAUGGAGUUGUUGGAAGCAGCAGACAGGGUUCGCUCUAAGAAUCGCUACCUUCAGUUGGACCAGGAGAAGAAACAGAUGGAGCUGAGUCACAAGCGAGCUCGAUUUGAACUAGAGAAAACUGCUUCUGACAGCGCACGAGACUUGGAGCAUGAGGUUGACCGGAACCAGGAUCUCCUGGGGCGGAUAAAAAAGUUGGAAGAAAGAGAAACCGGGGCAGCUAAGAACCUAUCAGAGCAGGUGGAGGCAAAUCGUGCUCUCCGUAAGAACCUGGAGAGCCUGAACAAGAAACUGGAGGAGCAAGAUACUAAAGUGAACACUGCCAACCAGACCAUCAGUUCUUUGAAGGAUGAGAUCAGAGAGCUCAAGCAGAAGAUUCAAAACCAAAGCUCAACAAUUUCUACUCAAUCUCUGGAAAACCAGGAACUGCAAGAACAGUUAGAUUUACAACGCAGGAAGUAUCAGGAAGUGUCUCAGCUUUGUCAAAGUUUCCAAGCUGCCCAGUCCUCCUGCUCAGAGCACAUCAUCAAGAUUAAGGAGUUGGAGAGGCGUCUUGCCCUCCAGGAGCAAGACGUCGCCAUUGUGGAGUCUGUUAAGUCAGAGGUGGCCAAGGUUCCAGACCUGGAAAAGGAGUUGAAGCGCCUCAGAGAAGAUAAUGCCUUUCUCAGGGAGAGCAGAGAGAAUUGCAGCCUGUUGAAAGAGGAGGUGGAGGGGCUGAGGAGGAAGCUGGAGAGGAUGGCCAAAACGAAAGAGGAGCUGGUCAAUAUGGAACUGGAGAAAGAGAGGUUGGCAGAGAAGCUCCAAGCCUGGGAAAACCUGGGACAAUCUACUGGGCUCAACAUAAGGAAACCAGAGGAUCUGUCCAGGGAGGUGAUUCAGAUCCAGCAGAGAGAAAUUGCUCUGAAAGAGCAGAACUACACACUCAACAGCCGUGUGAGGAGUGUGGAGCGUUCACAGUCUGAGCUCCGUGCAGAGCUGUCCCAGCAGCGCAGCAAGACUCUGGAGGAACAGAAGAAGAGGGAGGCACAGGACAGUCUUGUACGACGACUACAGAAGAGGGUGCUGUUAUUAACCAAGGAGCGUGAUGGAAUGCGUGCUAUACUAGAGUCCUACGACACCGAGCUGGCGCCUACUGAGUACUCUCCUCAACUCAGCAAACGGCUCAGAGAGGCAGAGGACGUACUGCAGAAGACACAGAACCACAAUGCAGAAAUGGAGGUCCAGCUGACCAAAGCACAGGAAGAGACAGGCACUCUGAAACUGCAACUGCAAACAGUGGAGUUGGAGCUGGAGUCUCUAAAGAAGCAACAGACCUCUGCUGUUGACAGCACUUCUUUAGUAAACAAAGAAGAGGUCAGCAUACUCAGACAGAAAAUUGAAGAUUUAGAAGCAGAGCGGCAGCGUUUGGAGGAGCAGAACAAUAUUCUGGAGAUGAGACUGGAGAGACACAACCUUCAGGGAGACUAUGAUCCAGUGAAAACCCGAGUUCUCCACCUCAAAAUGAACCCUACCACUGUUGCCAAGCAACAGCGGCAGCAGGAAGUUGAGGCUCUUCGGGAGGAAGUGACACGUCUCAGGGAACUCGUGCGCUCAUUGCAGGAUGGAGGUGCUCUGGUCCAUUCACAAGACGACUCCAGUAUGCACACCCCCAACCUCGGCCUCAGUUUGCCGCCAUCAAAGGAGGUGUUGGAUUUACGUAAGCAGAUGGAGAGCUCAGAGCUCAGGAACCAGAGGCUGAAGGAGGUGUUUCAGAGGAAAAUUCAGGAGUUCCGCACAGUAUGCUACGUCCUGACUGGCUAUCAGAUGGAUAUCACCACCGAGAACCAAUACAGGCUCACCUCAGUCUAUGCGGAACACAUGGACGACUCCUUGCUCUUCAAAAAGGGCUCCAAUGGAAGCAUGCAGCUCAUGGAGACAGAGUUCUCUAAAACUCUGGGAGAGAUGGUGGCCCUUCAUCUGCAUCACCAGAAGAGCAUCCCAGCGUUCCUCUCUGCUGUGACCCUCGACCUCUUCAGCCGCCAAACUACGAUCUGAAGUAAUGUGACACCAUAUCAGACACAACGGUGUAGCAUUGAAUAUUGGAUCAGUUUUUAAUUUCCUGUGUUUUUCCACUCUCCUCCUUGCAUUGUUUUUUUCUGUCUCAUACGAUAUUCACAAAGUCUUCAAAAUGUGCCGGUACUUCUCGACAACUGACAUAUGAAUCAUGCAGUCAGUGCUGUGUUGUGGAGGAUAAACACCUUGUUUGAUGGAAUACUUCCAACUUACAUUCAAAUGGCUAUGAAAACAGCUUCCUAUUUGUACGCUGAAUAUUUUAUCAAUAAAAUGUUGACAAAUAUAAUUUUUUCUCAAUAUACCAUAGCUGUCAUGAAAAUGACAUACUAAAAACAGUGACAUUUGGCUUUUGAAGUAUUUUUUCAGGUAUAUAUGGAGCAAGAGAAACAUUUGUAUGGUUCUCUGUAUGUGCAGUGAUGUGUUUUGUAUGGUCUUUACCAAGGCUGAGUCUUUGUUGACUGUUUUUAUUCUGCCUUUUUUGUCCUCUCUCUUGGGGCCUUGUAUGAAAGGUUUCACACAGAUGCUUUGUGGUUACAGCUAGUCCAAGCCACUCCAAAGAUAGUGAUAAAGGAAUCCAUUUGAGUGCAAAAUCUGUGGAUUUUAUUGUUUUCCUUUUUUCACAUUCUUGUCUUGGCAUAUAUAUAUAUAUAUAUAUAUAUAUAUAUAUAUAUAUAUAUAUAUAUAUAUAUAUAUAUAUAUAUAUAUAUAUAUAUAAAUGUGAAGUACUUUUUCAUCAAUAUCUAAUUUAGUUAUGCCAUACAUAUGAUUUUAUUAUUUUAAAUAAUAAUAAUGUUCUUGAAUUGAUAAAAGUCUAAACAGAAGUUUCCUGCACAUCUCUUUCUGGUCGUUUCCGUUAGAAGGGAGAAUAAGAGCCGACCUUGCCUUCCUCACAACACAUUUUAAAAUUCUCAGUAUGGUUUGGCCAUGAGGAAAAAUUCGAUAUUUGAUCUGUAAUAACCUCCCCCGAAGUACACGGUACAUAAGCGCAACAGGCAUUAGUGUGCUCAAACGUGGAGAGUUUGAAAGUGUUACCACUUGGAUGUAUAGCGUGCCCUGUUGACCUCACCAAGCUUGUCUAAUGUUUUUUUCAUUUGUGCAAGAUGGACAAAUAGUCAUGACACCACUCCGGUCGGUUAUUAUAAAUGGGAAAUUGAAAAAAAAAAAGUAAUUGAUGAAGGUAAGGCUGUUUGCUGCCUUUUAAAAAUGCAAACGCUUUAAAUCACAUGUUGGCUCGAUGCACAUCGCAUGAAAGGAAACACGUCAGUUUAACGACAAUGUGCUAGUUUAGGAUUAUAUUGCAUGAGUUGCUUUUUAUUUUUAUUUGAACAAAUUACAGGUUAGUGCUUUGAACAAUUUUCUUCUUUUAAGUGUGCCAGCUUUAUCAAAUAAAUCUGUUUUUGUACCGUAUACACAUUUGUUUUUUCCUCUCCUCUUCUUCUUCACACACAAAGUAGGGAUUGGACUAAGAAAACACACACACACACACACACACACACACACAAAAACAGAUCACUAGGGAUGCUUUAAUGUUUGAUAUGUUAAUAUUUGUUGAGAACCUAAAAUGCUUACUGUUGUAACCUUUAUAACACAGAAACAAGUCAUAGGUUAUGAAUUUUGAUUUUGAUAAACUAUAAAAUUUUCCUGUUACGAAUUUAGUUAAUGAUCGUGCCUAUGUGUGUUGGCGUGAGUAUGAACAUGAGACAAGACGAGAGAAUUUCUGAGGCAGCAAUAAAGAGAAAUGGCAGAAAUACACAUGGGGUGAAGAGGAAGCAAGGGACCAAUCCAAUAAAACUGAGAAACAAAAGGAAGUGAACUGACUCUAAAGCCACUUAUCACAGCAACAAUAUAAGAACUCCAGCUGGUGCAGCCAUAUGUCUCAAGAGAAAACCUAUUCUCCUUUACAGUACAUGCCACAUACUGUCCUUGUUUUUUUCCACACCCUCAUUCAUUUUCACAACACAGCACAUCUUCUGCACACCCCACAGCUCACACCUAGAGGUAAUAUUUUAGAGGGUUUCAUAUAAGCUGCACUUGAGCAUACAAAAUUCUCCUUCAGCAUUUUGUGAUGUACUGCUUUGUACUGCUUUGUAACUGCACUGUCUGCAGCCGAUGAAAUUACUGUACCUUCUGACUGGUUUAAAUUUGAAAAUGAAAAUGUAAUCAAUAAAAACUGACUAUUAGAGAA